AUGAUAAGAGUGAUGGUCUUGACUGGACGCCAAAUGCAAGGACGUCCAAUUGAAAAUGACCUUAACAAAAAAUGUAUUUCUACAAGGGUAUCAGUGAAUGCAUUGAUUGGUGACCGAGGCCUAUGCCAUGGUUUAUGUGAUCUUAAAGUUCCGAAACUUUUAAUCGACCGAUCCACAGGAUUAUACAAUUGGCCCGGAUGGGCCUUGACUUUUGAUACGGAUGAAAACAGUUCAUUUCACUCGAGUUCACCCGAUAAUAGUGACUUCGGCACGGAUAGCGUGGACAGCGGACCCAUCGGCGUAGCAUGCAAUCACCCACGUAUAACGGGUUUUACGUCUUUUACUGAGACAUCUAGUGAAUCCUCGAGUGAAGCUUCGAGUAAAUCAAAAACUAGCAGACUGGACGUUUUUAUUCGUGGAGCCAUUCGCGAGGCAAGGCGCAAGGUGCGUCUCCAAUAUGACAGUGAACGUCGUUCGAUGGAGCCGCUCUUCGACGCGGAAGCGAAGCGCGCAGAAGCGUUGGCUGCUGAGCGUGUGCGUUCCAAAGUGAGACACCAAAACGCCACACAACGAGUCAAUAAUAAUCAGGCACCAAGGGGAAAAUCAAUUGAACAUUAUUUGUAUCGGUAUAAACAGCUUAAUCAUAUAUUAAAAUCACAGUUGGAGUGUUCGUGGACAAGGUAUUACGGCAAAAAGUUAAUUCCUACAAAUAUAAAUAAAUCGGAGCACCGAAACGACAUAUCGUUGAAAUGUUGGGUAUCACCAGUUCCGUGGAUUCAUCAAACCGGAAUAAAGUGA